UUGGGCAGUGACUUAUUUCUAAAGGGGAAUGUGUGGGGGUGGAGGAACCACGCCCUGUUCCCCAUUGCUCUGCCCCCGGCGCUCAGGGUUCAUUCCCUUCCCCACCCAGGGAAGGUGCAUCUCCCGCCUCUGGUGCCGGGCGCUGGGCGCCCGCUUGCUGACAAGGCAUGCCUCAAAAUCACUGCCUCAGCAGCAGGCCCACACUCAGCCUCCGCUCUGGUUCUUGUGGGCCAUCCCAGGGCGCUGGUGGAGUCACCCCAUUAACCCAUCCCUUUGAGCCCUCUCCAGAACCAUCCCCAGCUACAGCUUCAGUUUGGUAGCUUCUUCUGCUGGUUCCUGGGAGGUGACUUCCCUCUCCGGCACUUCCCUCUUAAGUGGCUAGCAGCAAUCAACUCAAGGGACUGGGCUAAAGUCCACUGCAGUCACACCCUGUGCUCUCCCUCUGCUCUCAGUCGCUCCCACACAGCCCUGCUGAAACCAAUGUGGGAGGCACAGCCUGCUUUGUCUGUAUUAAAUGCCAGGAGGGGAAAUCAGGACUUUAAUGCCCCGGAAAUAAACAAACUGAGGAGGAUUGGGGCCCCUAUUGGUACCACAAGGGCUCAAAUACCAAUGCUUCAUGCAGGCAGCGGCUGAGACGUAACAGCAAUCUCAGACGGUUGUGGAUCACACUAAACACCGUGCCGUUUUUUGAGUGGGCAAGGACAAAUUCUUAUGCUGUGGGGGAAAAUGAUAAACAAAACUCAUUGUGGCUGAAAGAACAACUAACAAAAAAGUAAACUUAAAUCCUACAUACAGCAUAGCACACUUGCACUCCUACUGUUUGCUUUAUUUAUUGCUUCUUGGCCAAAGGCUCGAGUAUAAAACAUGAGGCUCUAUGGGGGACGAACCAGAUCUUUCCAGGCUCCUGUCACUGUCCAUAAUUAUCCCAGCAGCCACGUUUAUGUGUUUAGAAAUGGCCGAUCAGAUCCAGAUGAGUCAUCAGAGGAGGAAUCUGAAUUCAUGGAAUUACGUCCACGGGGCAAGGAGCAGCAGAGAAGCAAUUCUUCCCAAGCGAGAGCUGGGGACGUGGUGCUACUGGAACGAGAGCUCACCGAGGGCGAUAACCUUAACAAGCUAGCCCUGCAGUAUGGGUGUAAAGUUGCAGAUAUCAAACGUGUCAACAACUUCAUCUGUGAGCAGGACUUGUAUGCUCUGAAGUCUAUCAAAAUUCCAGUCAAGGCCCACGGGGUGUUAACGGAGACCAGCCAAGAGUUAAAACCUCCUCAGAAUGCUCCUUCCCAGGCUGGAAUGACACUGAUUGAACUACCAGAGUCUGAUGAUGGAGCCACCAGCAGCAGCUAUAGUGAAAGCAGAUACCUGACUGACUACUUUAAGGGGAUUGACCAGACCAUCGAGGAUGCAGUGCAAUCCAAAGUCCAUUUAAAUGCAGAUUAUUGCAUAGAAGCACCAAACUGCCCACCAUCCAGUUCAGUGGGGCAAAAGAAGCCCACGAAUGGUGCAGACUGUGGAAUCCAGUGGUGGAAUGCAGUUUUUAUCAUGCUCCUGAUAGGAAUCGUCUUGCCAGUAUUUUAUAUUGUCUAUUUUAAAACACAACAGACUGGGGCAGCAGCCCAUACCUCAAACACAACCUUUGCCUUGAAUAGCUCAGCUCAUGAAGUGGGGGGGAAAUGGUCACAGCCCUUAGCAGUCGUGGAAACCCCCAAAGCGAAGAGACAGCCCAGUACUGCCUCACCGCCCAACACUGAUACCCAUAAACCAGUAACUCUGCCCCUAAUGGAUUCAGGGGGCUAAUUUUUUUAAGUGAGCUAAUGAUCUUGACUGAACAGAGGGUGACAUGUUUUCUCUAAAUGAAUAAAGAUGUUUUGUAGCUUACCAAGUGCAACAGACAUUUGGCUCUGCGUUUAUAAACCCUUCCAAGGGAAAGUAGCUUGCCCCAACUUACUCUCAACGAGGCAGACACAUCGGAGUGUGUGCUCUUAAAUAUUGUAUGGGUUAUUGAUUGGAAUGAUGCAGUCUAAUAGCGCUUGAGAAGACACAUUUUAUAUGGACGGAGCAUUUUUUCCCCUACAAAACAACAUUUUUCAUUCUCUGGCAGAACCGAGUGGGCCCUGCAUAUUUAACCCUACGUAUGCCUUUAUAGCUUGAUAGACUAGCUCUGGUACAUGGCACUAUUAAAACUUGAUACCUCCAUAUCCCUUUACUCUUAUCAAUGACAGUAUUAAGCUAGAAUGAGCGAGGGUCUUAGCCUGCUGUGAGCACCAUGGAGGCAAGGAUCUGCCUGUGCAGGGAGGCCCUGUGACUUCAUUAGGACUCCAUGCAGGUACCUAGUCAGGCCAGAGCUCUCUGCAGGAACUGGUCCUUAGGUCGGUUAUUCCUCAGUAACAGCCUUUGCUCAAUAGUGAUAGCAAAAGUUCUGUUCAGCCACACAGUCCAACCUGCAGUAAAAACCUCUUAAUUGGUGUAGCCAUUUAAAAAAUAAAUUCAGAACUGUUUCUCAUGGCUAACCCCUGCCACAUAAAGUGACAUUUUGAAGAUGUAGAAUUGAACAUACUUAAGGAAACAUUGUGCAUAACAUAAGCAAAAUCCCCAUAACAUAUUGCCUAAAUAUAAGCUAACUUUCAGCAUAGAGCAAAUUUUAAGGAGGUUAGACUUUUCCCCAGGCCUAGGCACUGACAUCCCAGGAAGUGCAAUUAUAAUACAUUUGUUUACCAGCCUGAUUGUCUUGAAUGAUACUACCUGAAAUUAUGGUGUGAAAAGCACCAGGGUGCUGAAGGCAGAAGGUAGCUGAGUUCCACCCCACUGGAGGAUGGUUAUAGAAUUAGUACUGUUGUAACAGGGUACAAAUCACAGAUUAAUAAGACGCUUAUUUGAAAAUAUAUAAAGGUUUAAAGCAAACUACAGGGAAAGUUUUUUUUCUCUCUCUUUCAAACACUCAGAUACAAGAGUCAAUAGUUUUAGAUGUAUUUAAUAACACAAAAUUAAGCAGGUAAAGGAGGAAAUGAUUUGUCGAAUUAAGGAAUUGCCUGCUAUUGUUUUGCCACUAGAGGGCACUGUUGUCACAAAUACACAAGUCAAUGAGGCAACCUGAAGGAAAUUCAGAUCUUAAAUUUAUCAGCACAGUGUUAGUACUAACCAUCUGUCCCAAAUUAAGGUUCUGAGAUGGGUGUUGAAGUUAAGAGAGAGAAGUUCUGUCUUUAAGAUCGAUUAUGUCAGUAAUAAAGUCUUGCUGGCCUGAGACAAAUGCAUGGACAGCAUUUGUGUUUAUAAUGACUCAAAUGAAAAAUGUAUCUGAAAAACUAGCUUCUUGCUGCAAAGGGAGCUGGGAGGUACAAUGAAUAAAGUAAACAGACCCUUCCUGAGUUACAGUGUUAAGUCUCGGUCCUGAUAAAUAUUCUUCCUGCAGCAAGUAGGAAGCUCUUGUCAGGCUUAAGGGAACAUAAAAGAAAUUACCAUUUUUCUUCUGUGAAGGAAAACUGGGCCCUUCUGUAGGUUAAUAUUACAUUUUUAAAUGAAGAAAAAUUCAAUAAAAACACAAUGGGAACUA